AUGGAGAAUCGCAAGGGAGACCCUAACCCUAAGUCCGACCGGGAGCUUUCCACAGCCAAAGAAGCAGCACGGGAGGAAGCAGAGGCGGCUUCGAAGGAGGAAAAAGAGGGAGAAGAUUGCGUCGAAGGAGAGGAUGCCGAUGAGGGCGAAGAAAAGGGGGAAGUCGAUCCCGAGUCGGAAAUCGAUUCUCGUCCACGGAACCCGAGGACUCCGUUCACCAGCUUGAGCCAGGUGGAUGCCGACCUUGCGCUCGCCAGGACACUGCAGGAGCAGGUUUGAUUUUUCUUUUUCGAGCUUUGUCUUGUAUUUUUACGGUCGAACGGUUGGUUGCCCGUUCGUUGUGAUAUAGGGAUUUUGUGGGGUGACUCACGCAGGAGAGAGCGUAUAUGAUGCUGAGGAUGGGGGGCGGUGGUGGAAGGGGCUUUGUGGACUCCGAUUCUGUGAGCGAAUAUGAAGUUCAGUACGACGAGGGAGAUGAUGAAGAUGAUCAAUCAAGGAAUCACAAUAGUGUCGACGAGAACGACUACGACGAAGAUGCGUUUGAUGCCCAGGAUACUACUGCCGAAAUUGAUCCAUCUGCUUUUGAUGAUGACGAGGCUUAUGCCAGGGCAUUGCAGAAUGCAGAAGCCCGGGAACUGGCUGCUCAGUUCAUGAGCUUUAAUGGAAUACAUGAUUGUGCGUAUAGAAACUUUUUUUUUUCCCCAGUCCAGUCGCCCUGUGUUGUUUGUUGACUACGGUUGGUUUUUGGUUCAUGCAGGGGUUGUAGAAGAUGCAGGAGACGGUGGCAACAGCACCCAGGUACGUAGCAGAUUUUUGUUCGAACCCUGUGUAACUUGUUCAUUGUAAUUGUUUAUUGGAACCAUCUUUUCAGUGUGUAUCUAAAGGUUUCCCCGGAACUUCAUUCAGCUAAUCUUCUAACUGUUGCUCCAGAGUAAGAGUAAAGCUAUCCUUUUUUGGGUUGCUGGUGGUAAAAUCAGAUGAAUUGGAUCCAUAGUGGCACAAAGACGUACAUCAGGUUGGGCAGAUUUUCUAAAAUUAGACGGUUGCUUAAGCCUUUGAACGUUCCAUGAUAAUUAUACGUAUACAACUUCAAUAUUAACAAUAAGCAUGCGGGUUAGUAAGUCUUGUUUAAACGAAACUCAAUUAGUAAUUUUCACGUUGGAUGAUGAAUUCUGGUGUUUGAGUCAGGAUUGUUGCACACAAGUGUAUACACUGACUGCUUCUCGUCGUUCAUUAAAAAUGUAAUUCAUUCCUGUAUUGUUCAUUAUGCUGGAGAAAUUGUUGUCCAAGCGGACCAGUGUUUUGUAAUGCUGGAGAAAUUUAAGCCUGAGAUCAUUCUAGCUUCCUUAUUUCUAGGGACAUUGCUUUGGGCGUGACUGAUUUACGUAUUGAUUUGACUGCGCACUUAGAGAAGAUCAUUGUUUACAAAUCUUACCGGCACUCUAACCAUUGGUUCCAACAAUAGCUAAAAUUCUAAUGAUUUACAAGAUUUUGCAGAUUUUUUCUGAUUCACUCUCUAUUACUGAAAGUAUCCGCUGUAUCUUGCCCAGCUCUGGAUAUAUUAUCUUUGUUUACCUUGGCGAAAAAAGGAAAUAAAUAACUGAAACAGUAAGUAUGAAAUUGGAAAACCGUGCUGGGCAUGUUUCUGAUAAAACGAUUGGUCUAAUUGUUCCUUUUAAUGUUAAGUUUUUUGAAAUAUUUUAUUCAACAUUCGUUGACCAUCACUUUUUAAACAAAGAAAAAAUAUGUUGAUGCUUAUUCUGACCAAUGGAACUUAGUAUCGUAUCCUUUUUUUAGGGUACGUGGUCAGAUGUCGAUCCAGAUGAAUUAUCAUAUGAGGUAAUUUAAACCAGGCCUGGCUACAUGUUCGUUAGCUUGACUGCUUAUACUUAAUUUAAUGUGGAAGUUGGUUUUGAUAGGAAUUGAUCGCAUUGGGUGAAGCUGUAGGAACGGAGAGUAGAGGGCUAACACAUGAUAGAAUUGCUUCACUGCCUUCUGUCAGCUACAGUGCACGAGAUACCCAUGAAGGGAGCAAAGAGAAGUGAGUUAGUUGUCAGUUUUGUGUCUUUAGUUUUGCAUGGAGAUCAAUAACUUGCAAGCAAUGCAAUCUGCAGAUGUGUCAUCUGUCAACUGGAUUAUGAGGACGGGGACUCUCUAGUUGUUCUCUCCUGCAGACAUAUGUAUCAUCCAGACUGUAUCAACAAUUGGCUUCAAAUAAACAAGGUAUUUUUUUUCCCGUAAAUUUGUGUGGCCUGAUAUCACAUUACUUGAAGAAAAAGUACGUGUAAUAUGAGCAAUGAUGUUAUCUUAUUUGCCUCCCUGGAAAAUAAUUAAACGCUGAAUACUAACUAUAUUGCAUCAGAUGCAUAAUAGAUGCAUAGUAUUCUUCUAGUCGACAUGAUCCUGAAAAUUUUCACAUGCGAUAAAAUGCACUACUACGAUGCACAUAUAAACAUAAUUGGUAUUGUAGGCCUUGCAGGUCUUAAAUAGAGAAGGCAUAGGGUUGAAAGUUAUACCACUCUCUCACCUCAUGUGGUAUUUCGGAUGAAAGAUUACUGCCUUAAUGGAAUGGCUACUUGAAUUAAAUUGCCAGAUCAGCCUUUUUGUUGGCCAGUUUUAUCCUAGAGUGAUGAAGGGCAUGAAUGAGAAAGAAGAAUUAGAAAUGGAAGGAUGCCUCAUUAGCGGAUGUUGGUGACUCCCUCUUCCUUUUAUGAAGGACUUUGUCAGACCAAAAUAAUCUGAUGGGGAUUUAUAUUGUCCAUUUUCAGAUAAUUUUGGGAUGCUCAAGCAGAGUUUUAAAUUUACAUUUUAUGCUUUUAACAAGAACCGAAUAUGCCCGUGCAUACGGGCAUACGGGCAUACGGGUGGAUGCCGUUUACAAAAAAACUGGAGUGUGCAUACGGGUCACAGGCUCGCAUGCGUUUGAGAAUGUAACAUUUGAUUCUAGAAUAUAGUCCAUGACAUAUCUGAUGCCUAUUUUUGAUUAGACGUGAAGAGAAAAUGCUGUUUCGUAGGGUAAGAAAGAGAAAACUCUGUGGCUGUGAAGAACAUGGUAUGGAUAUGGCAGGAAUAUUGGAAUGAGAUUGCGCAGUUAUACAUGACUGGUAACUUAUUUUGGAUGGGUUCACAGGCAAAGAGAGGACACUAUGACGCUGAGUUGAAAUGAUUUCUUCAUUACGAAAUGUACAUCCAUUUUUGUCAGAGAACGAGGCCAAAAUACAUCACAGGAGAUGGUUAGCUGGUGGCUGGUUGUUUGGGCUCACUUAUAAGUAUGCAGUUAAGAAAUUUUGAUUAUUUAAUGGGUAUAAUUUCUUUAUUUAACACUGUCCAGACCAUCCUCUUUAUUUAAUGGUUAUAAUGUGUCACUUAUGGUUCAUAGUAUCUAUAAUCUUCACGGAUAGGGAGGAUGAUAUCUGAUGCAUCUUUUGUCAGUCUAUGGUUCUCAAAUUGCUGUUGACUUUCCACCAGUGUGGGUCCCUAAAUAGAUUCUAUAAGAGGAUGUAAACUCACGGGGUGUGUUUGCAACGCGGAGAGACUCAUUCGGAAUAUGACAAGAGGAUUUCAGAAACUCGAAAACUGAAGGAUGGGGUUGGUAGGUGGUUGGUUCUCAUUCAAGUUUGUUGUCCCUCAGGGUUGAGAAACUUAUUUCAGGCUCUUGAAAAACCGAGGCAUUUCAGUCAGUAAUCCAUUUGGGUCUUGCGUCAUUAAAACUCUCCCCAGUGUGGAGGAGCAGGGGCUUCUUAAGCAGAUGGAGGCUCCACUGAUACGAAUGGGAUGUAGACGUCCCUUUUAGGAGUAAUGAAAUCUACAAAAAGUUGACAUAAUAUGUGAUCCUAGAAUGCAUUUUGCGUGCAGCAUACAGAUCUGAGAAAUUAUCCUAUUAUCCUUAAAUGUGGACUUUCUUUAGAAAUCGAAUGUUGAGAUAUGAAAGUGUUGAAAUUCUGCCCGGUUACGAAACACAUUGAAUGGCCAAUCCGUAAUCAGUUUUGCCGUGGAGCUUUCAGUUCAACACCGUCUCAUCUUGUCGGUUAACUGUUGCUUGAUGCAUGUAUGAUUAAUUUCCAGGAGAAUUGUUUUUCUAGGGAGUUAAUUCCCAGUAUAAUCACCCUUCGAUCCCGCUAGCUUCUUCUUCUCAGGCGAACUGGUGGAGAUCGAGAUAAUCUGACCGGAUCUCAUCGGUUUAGACAGAAUUCACUCAUCAGAAAUGUUGAUCUCUAUCUCCUUGUGCGAUGCUGAUGAAGGCUACUCUUCUGGGUAUCCUUUCUGGCUGUGUAUACACUGUUGCUGUGGGAGGCAUUUAUUUACAGUAGGUUAGGGGAAGAAGCGGGAGACCCAGAGGCUGGGUUGACUUUUGACCAACAAGGGCCUCCAAGUCAAAUCCCCCGAGUCUGACUUGACCAAUCAUGGUUACGAUAAUCGCCCAGCUAUCAAUUUUGAUAUUUUCUUCUUCAGGAAUCCGAUCCAUAACUCAUUUUUCUGUCUUGCAUUUUUAGGAUUUCAGGAAGUUCUAUCUAGACCUCUGUAUCUGAAUGUAGCUGGGGGAGGGUGAAUUCCAUACUCGUCUCUUUGUGGAUGCAAGUGAGAUGAGUCAACAGCCUUGGUUGAUGUGAAGAUCAUCUAAAGAUAGAAAAAUGCUUUCUUUUUUCCGAAUUAUAUUAAACCAUACUUCUAUUGCUGUUUUUUCCAUUUAGGGCACACUUUUGUUGGGUCAUGGAGAUUCUCCAUGUAGCUCCCUUGGGUGAACAUGCUGGAGCCGACCAUGGAACCUAGGUAAGUCAACGGGCCCUGCCAAUGGCGGCCUGAGUUGACCCUGGGCGUCAAAGGCCGGACCUUGUUAACUAGGCCUGAGCUUCAGAGAAAACGAUCUCCUAGGCCUCUGGCCGGUCGUUGUUCAGUAAAUAUCUUGAGUAGGACUCUCGGACUGCUUUCCUGGAAAAUGGGAACAAUCAGCUGUAUCUCUGUCAUUGACUCCGAUCCAGGGAGAGAGAGAGAGAGAGAGAGAGAGAGAGAGAGAGAGAGAGAAGAGCUUUAGCGAGGAGUAUCCCCGUCACUAUGUGUCUUAAUCUGGCAUUCUUUUCUUGGCCUAUUGAUGCAGACCUGUCCCGUCUGUAACGCGGAGGUUUCUACCCCGGAAGACCGCAGGCAAGGAUGA